GCGUAUAAAGCAGGGUUUAUAGCACACUUUUCCUUAAAAUUUGUUUUUAAAAAUAGCGAGCCAUGUUCUAAGGGCUCACACUUGUUAUUUCUUCCAGGAUCCAAAGAUUCUGUAGCUACAAUGUUGUCAAGACUUUUCCGAAUGCAUGGCCUCUUUGUGGCCUCUCAUCCCUGGGAAGUCAUAGUGGGGACAGUGACACUCACCAUUUGUAUGAUGUCCAUGAACAUGUUUACUGGUAAUGAUAAGAUCUGUGGCUGGAAUUAUGAGUGCCCAAAGUUCGAAGAGGAUGUUUUGAGCAGUGACAUUAUAAUUCUGACAAUAACACGAUGCAUAGCAAUCCUGUAUAUUUACUUCCAGUUCCAGAAUUUACGUCAACUUGGAUCAAAAUAUAUUUUGGGUAUUGCUGGCCUCUUCACAAUUUUCUCAAGCUUUGUAUUCAGUACGGUUGUUAUUCACUUCUUAGACAAAGAAUUGACAGGCUUGAAGAUGAAGUAAGAGAAAAUAUCGCUCGUGGAAUGGCAAUUUUAGGUCCCACAUUUACUCUUGAUGCUCUUGUUGAAUGUCUUGUAAUUGGAGUUGGUACUAUGUCAGGGGUGCGACAGCUUGAAAUUAUGUGCUGCUUUGGCUGCAUGUCAGUUCUUGCCAACUACUUUGUCUUCAUGACUUUCUUCCCAGCUUGUGUGUCCUUGGUAUUAGAGCUUUCUCGGGAAAGCCGCGAGGGUCGUCCAAUUUGGCAGCUCAGCCAUUUUGCCCGAGUUUUAGAAGAAGAAGAAAAUAAACCAAAUCCAGUAACUCAGAGAGUCAAGAUGAUUAUGUCUCUAGGCUUGGUUCUCGUUCACGCUCACAGUCGUUGGAUAGCUGAUCCUUCUCCGCAAAACAGUACAGCAGACAAUUCUAAGGUUUCUUUAGGACUGGAUGAAAAUGUUUCUAAGAGAAUUGAACCAAGUGUUUCCCUCUGGCAGUUUUAUCUCUCUAAAAUGAUCAGCAUGGAUAUUGAACAAGUUAUUACCCUAAGUUUAGCUCUCCUUCUGGCUGUCAAGUACAUCUUCUUUGAACAAGCAGAGACAGAAUCUACACUCUCAUUAAAAAACCCUAUAACAUCUCCUACAGUGACUCAAAAGAAAGUCCCAGAUAAUUGUUGUAGACGUGAACCUAUGCUGGUCAGAAAUAACCAGAGAUGCCAUACAGUGGAGGAAGAGACAGGGACAAACCAAGAAAGAAAAGUUGAGGUUAUAAAACCCUUAGUGGCUGAAACAGAUACCUCAAACAAAGCUACAUUUGUAGUUGGUAACUCCUCCUUACUUGAUAUAUCAUCAGUACUGGCAACACAGGAAGCUGAAAUUGAACUUCCCAGAGAGCCUCGGCCUAAUGAAGAAUGUCUACAGAUACUUGAGAAUGCAGAGAAAGGUGCCAAAUUCCUUAGUGAUGCUGAGAUCAUCCAGUUAGUUAAUGCUAAGCAUAUUCCAGCUUACAAAUUGGAAACACUGAUGGAAACCCACGAGCGAGGGGUGUCUAUUCGUCGACAGCUGCUUUCCAAAAAGCUUUCAGAACCUUCUUCUCUCCAGUACUUGCCAUACAGAGAUUAUAAUUACUCUUUGGUGAUGGGAGCUUGUUGUGAGAAUGUUAUUGGAUAUAUGCCCAUCCCUGUUGGAGUGGCAGGACCUCUGUGCUUGGAUGGAAAAGAAUUUCAGGUUCCAAUGGCAACAACAGAAGGCUGCCUUGUGGCCAGCACCAACAGAGGCUGCAGAGCAAUAGGUCUUGGCGGAGGUGCCAGCAGCCGAAUCCUUGCAGAUGGGAUGACUCGAGGCCCAGUGGUGCGUCUGCCACGUGCCUGUGACUCUGCAGAAGUGAAGGCCUGGCUCGAAACACCUGAAGGAUUCACAGUGAUAAAGGAGGCAUUUGACAGCACCAGCAGAUUUGCACGUCUACAGAAGCUUCAUACAAGUAUAGCCGGACGCAACCUUUACAUCCGUUUCCAGUCCAGGUCAGGGGAUGCCAUGGGGAUGAACAUGAUUUCAAAGGGCACAGAGAAAGCUCUCUCAAAACUCCAGGAGUACUUCCCUGACAUGCAGAUCCUAGCCGUUAGUGGCAACUAUUGUACUGACAAGAAGCCUGCUGCCAUAAACUGGAUCGAGGGAAGAGGAAAGUCUGUGGUGUGUGAAGCCGUCAUUCCGGCCAAGGUUGUCCGAGAGGUCCUGAAAACGACGACAGAAGCGAUGGUUGAGGUGAACAUCAGCAAGAAUCUGGUGGGCUCUGCCAUGGCUGGGAGCAUCGGGGGCUACAACGCACACGCGGCCAACGUCGUCACGGCCAUCUACAUCGCCUGCGGACAGGAUGCAGCCCAGAAUGUUGGCAGUUCAAACUGUAUUACUUUAAUGGAAGCAUGUGGUCCCGCGAAUGAAGAUUUGUAUAUCAGCUGUACCAUGCCAUCGAUAGAAAUCGGAACUGUGGGUGGUGGAACCAACCUGCUACCUCAGCAAGCCUGUUUGCAGAUGCUGGGUGUUCAAGGAGCCUGCAGAGACAGCCCGGGGGAAAAUGCCCGGCAGCUUGCCCGCAUCGUAUGUGGGACAGUCAUGGCAGGGGAGUUGUCACUUAUGGCCGCACUGGCAGCAGGACAUCUCGUCAAAAGUCACAUGAUUCACAACAGGUCAAAGAUAAAUUUACAAGACCUUGGAACUUGCACCAAGAAGACAGCUUGAGUAGCCUGUCAGCUCUGAACUGAAACAUGGGCAUUGGGUUCUAAAGGACUAACACAAAAUCUGUGAAUUAAAAGCCUCAAUGCAGUGUCUUGGUGAGGAUGAAUAGACGUGAUCAGUGAGACGACCACUGGGGUUUGGCUCUUUCAGAGAAGUCUGAGGUGCUUUCCACAUGGACUCCUCAGAUCUGAAAGCAGCACUUACAUGCUGUGCUCUUUGGAAAGACUUCAACAUGGAUGUUACACAUUAAAACAUCACUGAUGAUAAUCUACAGCUCACCUCUGAAAGCACACACAAGCUGGGAACAAAGCGUUUUGGGGAAAUUCAUGAAGUUCUUGGUGAUCAGUGUGACACUGCCCUGCCCUUUCCCCCACCCCUGCCAGUUGAAAAUGGAUUUUUAAAUUAUACGGUAGCUGACAAAACUCUUGGUUUUAUAGUUAAUUUAUUAAGUCUGGGCUAUAGAACUUUUAGAAAUAAUAGCUAAGUUCAUUUUUUAUAAAUUAAUACUUAUUUGGUGCUGGUCUAUUUUGAUUUUGGGGGGUAACCAACAUUAUUCUUCAGAAGGGGACCUUUUUUCUUCAAGGGAAGAAUCAGUCUUACUCCCAAAUACAGAAUAAUGUGUUAAGCAGUGCUAAAUAGUUCUCUGUCUGGGAAACAAAUCACUGCAUUUCUCUCUGCAGGCUAUUUGUUCAGAGAGGCCUCUUGUCUGAAUGUAAAUGUCUAGAUUGGCUAGAACGUGUCUGUCAGCAUUAGGCUUUAAGAAACACAGGGUUUUGUGCUCUUGACUGAAGCUAUCAAAACUCUGAAUGUUGCUUGGACAAGGGUGGCUCUCAGGUACAAGCAAGUCUGUGACCUCCAGAACUCACAGUUUUGAAAGAAAAAUACUUCUCUAAGCCAACUUUAAUUUCUUAAAAGAGAUUUUAAUUUAUUUAGCUGAAAAGUACUUCUUUUGUAAGCAACUGUAUCAAAUCUGUAUAUUUGUAAUAAAGUAAAGCUUCUUAUGCUAGGAGUUUAUUGGAAGUGUUGAAGAAAUAAAGAAAAAUCAACUUGUAAGUGAUUAAUACUCUAGCUUGGGCCAGAGGAGAUACUGUUCUUCCAUGUUGUCCAGGAAACCCUGGCUUGCCUGCCAAGCCUGGUGAUGGGGACAUCAGCUUGCAGAGCCAAUGACGGAGCCAGGGGAAUGGCCGGCAGCUUGCGCCUGUUUGUUCCUGGCCAGGAGGGUGGCAGCUGAGACAUUCACACGAGGCUCGUUGAUGAACCCAUAAAAGCUCUUGGCUUCCUCAGGGGGUCAGCAGAGUUGUCGAAUCUUAAUUUUGUUUGAUGUACAAGUUUUGUAUAAAUAAUAAAGAACACCUUAUUUUGUAUUACAUCUAACGUUUCAAGUGUUGGUCUUGGAAAACUGAUGUCUCACGUGGAAGAUGGACUCUGAAACAUUCCCGUCAGCCGUGGCUGCAUGGAGAGCCUCGUGAUUGUGUCUGCAGUGGCUUUCUGGAAGCUUUAUCUUCUCUGUUGUACGUGAUGCUUAAAUGGUUCUGUUGCGACUCUUCAGCCAGUGACUCUACUCAUCUGAGCUUUGAAUGUGAAACGUCAGUGAAAAGUAUGUCGAGUGUUCAUUUCGGUGACUGUAACCAAUAUCCUCUUGCUAAAGUAAUGUUUUGUACAGUUGCUACAGUGUGCGUUUUGUUACAUUCUUUUCUAGGUCAAGGAAGUCCUGAAGAAAGUGAAUAUUGAUAAAUGUUUAGAAUCUCUUUGAAAGUUUGGUUAACCCCAGGCCUGAGCCAGGAAGCUGGUGCAGUCGGGCCAGAGUGGCACUCGCGCUGGGCGCCACACGACCCUUUCUGAUUCUCCAGCUCCGCAGCAUUGACGGCAGGCUGGCAUUGUGCAUGCAUUAAAACGGCCUUUGUCACACUUA